GUUUGUUAUUGGAAAAGCUGACAGCAGAGCGAGGCAGCGGGGAGGGGAGAUUUAACGCAGAGAGGUGGCUGCCUGACUUUGACUUGGUCAGUGAAGGCCUCAUGCAGCUUCUUAACAGCAACUCUAUCCACGUUUUAUCUGCCUGACACACCUCGGCUUGCAUCAGAGCUCACGGGGAGCCCACAGAGGGGAGUACAGACAGGGAUUAAGAGGAAACAGGAAGAGGAAAAAAAAAGCAAACAUGAUGACCCAGGAACAGUGCACUCAUAGGAACAAUGUCCAGAGUUCAGAGAAACCCCAAGUGUACAAAGUGGGAAUAUACGGCUGGAGGAAACGCUGCCUUUACUUCUUCGUCCUGCUGCUGAUGAUCCUGAUCCUGAUCAACUUGGCACUAACUAUCUGGAUCCUUAAAGUCAUGAACUUCACCAUAGAUGGAAUGGGCAAGCUGAGAAUAACAGAGAAGGGCCUGAGACUGGAAGGGGAGUCUGAGUUUCUCCAACCCCUCUAUGCCAAAGAAAUCCAAUCCAAACCAGGUCGUCCGCUGUUAUUGCAGUCGUCCAGAAACGUGUCGGUCAAUAUCGUCAACAGCAACAACCAGCUGCUCACGCAGCUUGUAACAGGAUCGAGUGGAGUUAAAGCACGAGGAAGGAUGUUUGAAGUCAAAUCCAAUACGGGGAAGCUGCUGUUCUCCGCCGACGAGCAGGAGGUGGUGGUGGGCGCCGAGAGGCUCCGAGUGAUGGGGGCCGAAGGAGCCGUGUUCAGCAAAUCACUGGAGACGCCACACGUCAGGGCCGAGCCUUUCAAAGAGCUGAGGCUGGAGUCUCCCACUCGCUCUCUGCUGAUGGAGGCUCCCAAAGGCAUCCAGAUCCUGGCCGAGGCCGGAGACAUCCAGGCCAUCUGCAGGAACGAGCUGAGACUGGAGUCCAAAGACGGAGAGAUCUCUCUGGACGCUCGGAGGAUCCGUCUGAUGCGGCUGCCCGAGGGAAAGGCCUCCACCAGCUCCUCGGCCUCCGGGACCAGGCAGACUGUCUACGAGGUUUGCGUUUGCCCCAACGGGAGGCUUUUCCUGUCCCAGGCCGGCACCGGAUCCACUUGCCAGAUCAGCAACAACGUCUGCCUCUAGGACCGAAACCCACAAAUAUAAAUAAAUAUACAGAUAACCUGCAAGAGAAGAUGGGCAGAACAGAUGGGAGGCUCACAAAUGGCCUGCCUCUAAAGGACUGAUUCCCAGCAAACACUUCAAACAAAGACUGCCAACGCUGAUGGAAAUAUUAACAAUCAUAGAUACUGUACUCUUACAGACAACACUGAUGUAAACACAAUACAAUCACAAACACUCUGAGGUCCUAGCGAUGUGUUUCAGCAGGCCAAACCUGAAAUUUUUGGAUGAAGCUGCUCACAGCUGAUAUUUUGUGCCAAUAUUUCAAUGCUAGGAAGAUAUUUUCUCCCUUAAUUUUGUACUUUUCAGAGUGUCAAAAACCUCUGAGACAUCAUUAAGAGCAUCAUGGGACACUUUAACUCCCCACCGAGUGUCACACACAUCUCAGCUCUUUCUACAGAACAGUACAGCGGGAGUUAUUAGGAUUUUAAACUGAAUUACAUCGUGUCAUGUGGCAGGUUUUAAAGACUUUUUAAUACAAGUGAGGUCAGAAGGGAAAAAUCAUCUUCAUCAGCUGAUAAAGUAAACUUUAAUAAUAAAAAGACAGAACUGGUACAUGAAGAUAAACUACACACCUACAGAUCCACACACUGGCUCACACAUAUGCAUCCACUCAGUUCACUUUAUGACAUGUUGAACACACCACACUUUCUGCUCGUAGGAGCCUCCUGGUAAAAACUGAGAGAAACCUCCAGAGAUUUCUCCCUCAAGAGCGUCUCAGUGCCAGGAUGAGUAGGGUGAUUACCAUGGAAACAGGCCCUGUAUCCCCUUAUUCCUCUCUUUUCUCAUUGUCUUUCUUUCUCCUCUUCAGAGAUAAAGUUUCCCUUUUUAUUAAACACAUUUCAAUCCCUCAAAGGCAUGAAAUUAGCUCUAGAUCAGUCUUACUCAACCUUACUAAACCAAAGAGCCAAAUUGUUGAAAAAUACCUUUGCAAGAGCCACAAUGUAAGUGAUGAAAAGUGGCCAAAAAAAAGCUUGAAAUAGCAAUACAAUAAGUUAAAGGAGGCAAAAAUGG